AUGAAGAUAAUCGACCCCCAAACCGCCGUUUUGACUAAUGUCGAGGUCCUGGCUUACUUGACCUCCAACCCACCCCGCCGACCACCGAACCCGCCGGGAGGUAAUUGGGUGCCAAACCCAGAUCUUAGAGACCAUAACACAGUGGUCAAGGAGAUUCACAACUAUGCCAGCCGUCUAUCGCCCCACCUUCUUCGAUACCCUCGCUACACAGCGCGCCCCUCGUCAUCUCAUUCGCAAUUACAAUCACAAGCAGCCAUGACCAGCACACUACAAGCCUCAAACCCCGCGACAGAUUCAGAAGCCGCCACCUUACCGCCACCGGUCUCUUCUGAGGACCGGACGCCUAUGGAUAAUGCCCUUUAUGAUUUAAUCGUUCGCCUCCAGCCCUAUGGACUCACCAAAGCCGAGGUUGUCAUGAUCCUCAAUCUCGGUCUAGGUCUAGGCGGCAACAACGACGCCGAGGCAGCAGAAGGCGAAGAGGGCGCCAACGGAGAUGGAGCUAUGGAGGUCGACGAACAGAAUGGGGAAGGAGAGGGUGGGGAAGAUGGCGAGGAUGAGCAGACACAGGCUGAUUACACCGCGGAGGUACUGCUGGAUGCUGUUGUUGAAGAGCGGGAGUUGCGUCUUUCGGAUGAUGAUAUGAAGGCUAUCUUUGCUAUCAUUCGAGAGACGUUAACUGCAGAUUACGAGAACGUGAAAGGGUGA